AUGCACGGCCGGCGCCGGCGGAGGAAGAGGCGGAGACGGGCCGAGCUCCUGGCUGCAGCAGCGGGGGGAUUGCCGGGGGUGGUGGUGCCUCCGAAGCAGAACCGCACGGGGUACAACUUCUUCUUUGGGGAGCAGAGGAUGAAGCUCAAGGCAGACAUGCCCGACGUGCCGGAUCGUGAGAUCAGCCGGCUGAUCGGCCAGCGAUGGAUGGCCCUUUCUCCUCAAGACAGGAUCGUGAGUCAUCCACUCUUUUCCUCCCUCUCUUGCUCUCUUUGGGGAGCAGAGGAUGAAGCUCAAGGCAGAGCAGACAUGCCCGACGUGCCGAAUCGUGAGAUCAGCCGCCUCAUCGGCCAGCAAUGGAUGGCGCUUUCCCCUCAAGACCGCAUUGUGAGCGCCCCUCUUUCCUCCUCCCUUGCUCGCAUCUUGCUCUCCCUCCCUCUCUCCCUCUUUCUUUCCCUCUCUCCCUCUUUCUUUCCCUCUCUCCCUCUUUCUUUCCCUCUCUCCCUCUUUCUUUCCCUCUCUCCCUCUUUCUUUCCCUCUCUCCCUCUUUCUUUCCCUCUCUCCCUCUUUCUUUCCCUCUCUCCCUCUUUCUUUCCCUCUCUCCCUCUUUCUUUCCCUCUCUCCCUCUUUCUUUCCCUCUCUCCCGCUCUCUCAUUGGCCAGCGAUGGAUGGCGCUCUCGCCACAAAACAGGAUUUUCUCUUUCCUCCUUCCCCUCUCCAUCUCUCUCCCUCUCUUCCUCUCUUGCUCCCCUCCCCACUUUCUCCCACCUCUCAUCCUCCCCAUUUGUUCCCCCAGCAAUAUCAGGAGCAAGCAGAGCGGGACAGGGAGCGGUAUGCUGCAAUUACCACCCUGAAAAAGACACCCCUUUCUUCCCCCCCGCUCCUCUCCGCCCCUCUCUGCCCCUCUCUGCUCCUCUCUCCCCUUUUCGUCCCCCAGCCCAGCCAUACCAGGAGCAGGUAGAGCGGGUCCGGGAGCGGUAUGUGGCAGAGAUGAGGGAAUGCAACGAAAGAGGUUUUUGCACCCUCCUCAAACACACUCCCGCACCCCCCAUAUCAUUCCCCCAGCCAUACCAGGAGCAGGCGGAGAGAGACAGGGAGCGGUAUGUGGCAGAGAUGAGGGAAUACAACGAGAGGCGCACACAAGCAGGUGUGGGAGCAGCAGGAGGAGAUGAGGGAUUAGGGGUAGUGGGAGCAGGAGCGGGCGGAAGGGGAGGGGGUAGGGGAGCGGGAGGAGAGGGUGUGGGGGCAGUGGGAAGCGGGGGGAUGGGGGGAAGAUUUAGAGAUCUGGGGCAGUAUAUGGCGGAUGUUGAUAGGGUGAUGGGGGGAGGGGGGUUCCGGCGGGGGGGAAUGGGGGGAGGCGGGGGGAGGGGAGGAUUAGCAGGUGCAGGGUUUCAAGGAGAGAUGGAGGAGGAGGAAGAGGAGGAGGACGAGGAGGAAAUGGAGGGUGAUGAGUAUGAGGAGGGAUAUGAGGAGGAGGAAGGGGAGGGAGAGGAGGGGUAUGAGGAUGAAGAGGAGGAGGAAGGAGAGGGGGAGGAAGAUGAUGGGAUGGAAUUCGGGGGGAUGACUGGGCAUGCAGGUUUGCUGGUAGGAGCUGACGUGGAUACACGUGUGCAAGUCGGGGCACCUGAAGCAGAGGCACCUGAAGCAGGGUUACCUAAAGCAGAGGCAGAGGCAGCUGAGCCUCCUGGUGGUGGGGACCCUGCACCUGCUGAUGGGGAUCCUAGUGCUCCGAAGGACCAAGAGGAAGGGAAGGCUAGUUAA